AUGGCAGAAAUUGCAGGAGAUCUAUGGGAAUCCUCUCACCCAGGAGAUACAUGGGAAUUCUCUCACCCAAAUGAAAUCAGUUCCCCCCAAAAUCCAGUCGACCAACACACUGGUGGAACUGACCAGGAGAAUGCGGAGCUUAAAGCUCUUGAAAUUGAAUUGUCGCAAGACCCAGACAACUUUGAAAUUUGGGAGAGGUUGUUGAACACAACAGAAGCAGUCGACGGUGGCGUCACUCGCAAUUCUCACCCGCAGGCCAUUCAGAUGGUUCGAAACGUCUAUGAUAGACUCCUCACCAAGUUUCCUCUUAUGUUUGUGUACUGGAAAAAGUAUGCCGACCGCGAGUUUGGAUUUGCGGGCACCGAGUCUGCCGACAUGAUUUACGAACGGGGUGUAGCUAGCAUCCCCACAUCUGUUGAUCUCUGGGCUAGCUACUGUGAUUUCAAGGUGCAAACUUGUCAUGUCGUGGAUGAAGUCAGAGAAAUCUUUUCUCGUGGCGCCGAUAGCUGUGGAUCAGACUUUCUCUCUCACCCAUUCUGGGAUAAGUACAUCGAGUACGAAGAUCGCAACGAGUGCCCGGACAAGGUGUUCGAAAUUCUCGCUCGUUUGAUUCGUAUCCCUUGCCAUCAAUAUACUCGUUACUUUCAGCGUUACCGCUCCAUGUCUCCCAACCGUCCUUUGGUUGAGUUGGUCGCGGCUGAAAAAUUGGACGAAUUUCGCUCAGAGGUUACGGUUAAGCUGGGAGAGUCUGCUAUGGAGUCACAAAUUGAGCAUGAACUCAGACUCCGUAUUGACAACUACUAUUUGGAAACAUUCCAGACUACCCAGAACGAAACAAACAUUCGUUGGGCCUUUGAAUCGGAAAUCAAACGCCCCUAUUUCCACGUGACUGAAUUGGAUGAAAGCGAGUUGACCAACUGGUGGAACUACCUGGACUUCGAGGAGAGUCAAAAUGUCUUCGAGCGGACCACGUUUCUCUACGAACGAUGCCUCGUGACAUGUGCUCGUUAUGAGAAGUUUUGGUUCCGGUAUGCCCGGUGGAUGCUUGCGCAAGAAGACAAAGAAAGCCACUUUGAUAAGCAGAGCAAUACUAGAUUCAUCUAUCAGCGUGCUUGUGCCGUGUUCCUUCCCAUCUCUGAGCCCAAAAUUCGCCUGCAGUACUCGUAUACUGAGGAAAUGGCCGAUCGCACCGAUCUCGCCAUUGAGCUGCAUAACAGCAUGCUCGACAACUUGCCCGACCAUGUCGACACAAUCAACUCUUUGGCCAACAUGUCUCGCCGUGAUGCAGGUCUGGACGCUGCUGUCCAGGUCUACAAGAAGCAGAUCGAUUCUGACAAAUCUGCUAUGACCACCAAAGGUAUCCUAGUUGCCGAAUGGGCCCGACUGUUGUGGAAAGUCCAAGGAACUCCCGAUGAAGCUCGGGGUGUGUUCCAGACAUAUCAGCAGUACUACCUGGACAACCGAUCUUUUUGGUCUAGCUAUCUCCUGUUCGAGAUUGAGCAGCCCACCAGUGCUGCUACUGAGCAUGACCACUACAAACGGAUUAAAGAGGUCAUGUCUGAGUUCGAGUCUAAGAGUACUGUCCACCCCGAUGUUCACGUGGAACUUGUCCAAAUUUACAUGAAGUAUCUCCUGGAGCGAGGUGACAAGGGUGCUACUAAAGAAUACAUGGCCCUGGACCAAAAGCUCUAUGGCCCGUCACAUGCCAAGCAAAUUGAAGGAGUUUCCCUUUCUUCGGCAAAUCUUCAGUAUUAG